AUGGGCGGUGACAAUGAGCGUGGUCGUUAUAGAACGCGUAGUCGUGAAAGGCUUCGGAGUUAUGACCGGGGUCGUGAAUAUCGAGGUCAAAGUAAGGAAGGAAAUGGUCGUGAUCGUAGCAAAGACCAAAGCGGACGCAACAGCAGUAGGGAGCGAGUGGGCCACAACCGUAACUGGGGAAAAAGCAAAGACGGGGGAAGCAGUAGAGAUGAGCGCACGCGCUCUAGAAACCACGAUGAGAGCAGACCACCCUUUCGGGAAAGAGAACAUGACAGAGGACGCAGUUCCUACAAGGAUUACACUGGAGGCGGUCUAGGCGGUGGUUUAGGAGGAGGUGGUUCUUCAGUCAGAGGUCGAUAUAAACCACAAGAGGAAGAAUUCUUUGAUGCUAGAAGAGAAGAAAGGGAAAGGAUAGGUCAAAUUGGAGUGUCUUCUGUGUGGGGCAAGUCACCGUUAAGAGCAGAGUCUGAGGAAGAGCAGACACAACCCGAAGUCUCAGGGGGAAGUAAAGCAAAGAAAAAGAAUAAAAAGUCUAAGAACAAAGACACUAAAGAGAAACUUAAAAAAUUGAAAAAGAAACUAAAAAAAGUAAAGAAAGCAAGGAAAAAAGCUAAGAAAAAGAAAGUUGAAAGUAGUAGCAGUGACUCAAGUGCUAGUAGUGAAGAGGAAGUGUGGGUUGAAAAAGGAAAGGAACAUGAAAUACAAUCUGAAUCUAAAUCAUAUAAAAAGUGUGACGAAGAGCUGGCAACUGAGGCUUUUGGUCCCACUCCUCGUGUGGGACCUGCCUUAGGUCACAAAGACUUUGGACGAGCAUUACUACCUGGCGAGGGGGCGGCCAUGGCUGCUUACGUCGCGGAAGGCAAGAGAAUACCACGCAGAGGAGAAAUUGGACUUACUUCAGAUGAAAUUGCGUCAUACGAGUCUGUUGGAUAUGUUAUGAGUGGCAGCAGACACCGGCGCAUGGAAGCAGUGCGCAUCCGCAAGGAGAACCAGAUCUACUCCGCCGACGAGAAGCGAGCUCUGGCCGCCUUCAGUAAGGAGGAGCGAGCCAAGCGGGAGAACGCCAUCCUGGCGCAGUUCCGGGACGUCCUGCAGGCGCGCGGCCGCCGCGACGUCUAG